AUGGAUUUAAUGCGGAGCCUAUUGAUGCUAUGCACGUGCUGUAUCGGUCACGUGUUAAGCUCGGGAUCAUUGUAUGAUCCGCCAAACCGCGCCGUCAUGUGGAAGUACGGAUUCCCGACGAGUAAGAAUUACAACUACAUGCAACUGAAUUGUGGUGGCGAAAAGCAACCCCUGGACGGACCACCGGUGUGCGGCGUGUGCGGGGACCCUUACAACGCCCCUAAGGAGCACGAGAAAGGCGGUCAGUACGGCACAGGCAUGAUCGGCAGAUACUAUCCUGCGGGGAUUAAAGAAAUCAAUGUUAAGGUAGAGCUUCUAGCCUUCGAAAAGGGCUUUUUUGAAUUCCGGUUAUGUCCGGUAAACAACGGAACCUUGACGCAGCAGUGCCUCGACGAGCAUCUGCUUCCCAUCAAGGAGGGCUACAUGGCGGGAACGCCCAUGAGGUUCUAUCCGGACGCUGCAGGCGACUUCCGGUUGACCGUGGCGGUACCACCAGACAUGACGUGCGACUUAUGUGUGAUCCAGUGGCGUUACCGCACAGCCAACAGCUGGGGCGAGGACCCUGAAAGCAAAAAGGAAGGUCUCGGGUUCGGUCCCCAGGAAGAGUUUUACAACUGUGCUGACAUCCGAAUAGGCGGCGAGAUCCCUUCUAGUGUUCGGGCCAAUCCCUUCUUUUCACCACAGGACGUCAGCAUCGUCAAGGACGUGCAAGACGCAGUGGCCAACACGGUGGCGGUAGGUCCGCAGACGGUGGAUCAUCUGAGGCCAGGUGCGCGCGCCGUUUUGUUCGACGCAUCCACUUACACAAACACAAGCGUAAGACAAGACGCAGAUGCCAAUAUGCUCGUCUCUUCUUGGAGUGUAAACUCUGAUUCAUCAAGUGGCACAGGCGGAACUGGUCUUGUCGUUGGCUCCUCAACCGGUGCAGAUACUACUAUUUUGAAUACCAUGGAUCAAUUAGGAGGAAACUCCCAUGCGAAAGUAGACACAAAAAUGCAGCAACCAACAAUCGGCAUGGUUUUGACACAGACACAAUCUGCCGGUAGUCAACUGAGUGGCCAGACAAGUAAAGUUGGAACUGAAGAUGUCCUGUUGAAAGUAUCACAGCAAGUGAGUGAUACAGGUUCUCAAAAAACGAUAACUGACCUAAUUGGUGGUACCCAGACCGGUUCCGUGGUAGACCUCUCAAUCGGAACUGUCGGUACUACUGUGGGAGAUUUAAAACGCACAAGUUUGAUAAUAGACAGAGCAAAUGUUCAAACACCGACAGUUGGACUCGUCGUAGGCACCAGUGGUCCAAAACGAGUUGGAAUGGUGUUUGAUAAAACAAGUCAAACACAGAUAUCGGGUGUUGCAAUUAGUUCUGGAACACAAGAAGGUACAUCACCAAUAAGUGAAUCAAACAUAAAGCAUAAUGUUGGGGAGAAAACGGUUAGCAUGGUCGUUAAUACAGUUGGACUAAAUGUUCCAAACGGCAAUGCAGUUAUAAGCAGUAUGCAAAAACAAGGUGACGGUAAAACUGUCGGACUUGUUGUCAAUUCUGGUGCGAAAAGAGUUGGAUUGAUAGUGGAUGGUAACAAGAAAGAAAGCACAGUUAGCCCAGCCGGUGGCGUGAUGAUCGAUAUGGGAAGUUCACGGACUAUUGAUGUAGUACACAGUGGAUCAUCAUCUGGUCGUGAUGGUGGUAAGAGAGUCGGGUUUGCAGCUGGUUCUGGAUUCAUUCAGGACACACCUUUUAGUAAAACUACAGAUAUCAAUGACGUUAAAUCGAAUAUUUUUAAAACUGGGAUUAAUACUGACAUUAAUACGCGCUUUUCUGCAAUGUCUGGUAUUGGCCAAACAGGAACUGGCAUUGUCAUAACAACACAAAAAGACGCUGUUGUCGACGCGUCCAGCGGAACAAUUAUGAAGCAGGAAAAUAAAAUGCUCAAAGAUGCAAGUCCGGAAAAGAAAACCAUCAAAAUAGGUAUUAUAAAUGGUGAAAAAGCGCUAGAAUUAAGAGAAAAGACCCCAGAAAUUAGUGCUGCCGAAAUAAGUGCUAUGGUAGCUGCUAGAAUUGCUGAAAACCUAUCAAAAACACCAAAUGUAGACUUAAGCAGAGAAAAGACAAUAACAGAAACUGCCGCUGAUGAUAUGAAUCCAAAAGAAAUUAGUAAAACUACUGUAAGGAAUUCCGAUGCAAAACAUAAACAAGUAUUAGAAGAGAAAACCCUUCUCACUGACAAAUCAAAGACUAGAGAUAUUUCUGUCAAAACUUCCGUGAAAGAGGCCCCUAGUACCAUACGUACUGAUCAAAGUAACACAGAAUUUAAAAUUGUUGAAACGACUGCUGUUAAUAACGGACAAGCACAAAAAGUAUAUUUAUUGGAGAAACCUAAACCAAAGGAGACGAUUAUAACAUCAGAAAUUGUAAUACAAGACACGAAAGCUGAGGAUACCAUAAAGGAACACACACAACAAGCUGUUGAGGCAACUAUAAACAUCAACGGGACUCAAGAAGUCAAUGAUAAAAUAAUAGCAAAUACAGGAGAGGUUAUAUCAGUGGAAGGUAUUGGCAAAAGUCAUCAAGAUGUUGCAACAGUGAAUGAUGGUACGGAUUCCAAAGUAAUCGGUUCUUCUUCAGGGUCAGUUAUAAGGGAAUCUGGAACAACACAACGUGAAUUGAAUGCUAACAUUGGAUUUAUCAAGACACCGGGUAUUACUGAUAACAACUUGGUCGAGGUCCAUUCUAGUGAAAACGUGGAUAAAGCAAGCCACAUUAAACAAAUAGUGAAUGAUAAAUUGGUCAAACCAGAUAUUGCAGCAGAAAAUGUUGCAUACGUCGUAAAAGCAGAUCAAACUGUUGGUUUUUCAAUUUCUGGUAAAAGUGUUAUCAGUGACACAGACAUUAAAACAACAACUGGCACUAAACCUAUUUCACUUACUUUUCCAGCAGCAGCAGCAACGGCGGCAACAGAUUCUUUAGCAAGGUCAGAUUCGGUAGUGUAUGAACCCGAUACAUCUAGAGCAACGGCAGGGGCACAUACCCUAGCAGGAUCUACUGUGGACUUUUCUACCGAAGCUAGGCCACGUUUAACGAUUGAACGGGAAUCACUAGGAUCAUCGGGCGUUAAUGGGAACGUCCCAUCAUCAAAUGGCCCAUCGACAGCGUUUACACUUGAUCUCCGCAAUAUACCUGAGCGGCGGGUUGAAGGUUCUAGACGACUUUUCAAUCAAGUGAUUGCAACCAACGCCGACUCACAACCGAGAACACGCACUGACUCAAGACAGGUAGACCAAGGUGUUGUGAAUAUCGAGCAACAAUUAAACACUUUCGAUAUUGGUAGAGUACCAAAUGGGCACACCGUCGAGGCUGGCGUACAAAUGACAGCUGAAGGUACCAUGACAACCGGAUUCGGGCCUCGAAUAGAAGUCGCAAGAACUCGAGGAAGAAGGUUGCCAGAUGAUUCGUUCACUGUGGCAGGACCUGGAGGUGACUUGCCCUUGCCUGAAGGACUUAUUCCCGGUGAUCAAUAUAGAAUAGUAACAGAUCCAAGAACUGGUCGCCAAGAACGGAUUCCAAUCAGAAGCGAUGUUGGGAUUCGGCUGCGGGAAGCGGGAUCCGAGCGCAUGUUUGGAACAGGCAGCGAUGCUUUUGUUGAUUUCGGAGUUCGAGAUGGUGGCCGUGUGGCAACAACUGGUUUCCAGCGCAUUGGGGAGGCAGGAGUGGGCACAACUGGUUUUAGACGUAGCGGAGAUUCGGGAGUGGACACGUCUAGUUUCAGGCGAAGCGGAGAGUCAGGAGUGGAUACAUCUGGUUUAAGGCGAAGCGGAGAUUCGAGAGUUGACACGUCUGGUUUCAGUCGUAGCGGAGAUUCGGGAGUGGAAACAGCUAGUUUCAGGCGUAGUGGGGAGUCUGGAGUUGACACAUCUGGUUUAAGGCGUAGCGGAGAUUCAGAAGUGGACACAUCUGGGUUUAGGCGCAUCGGAGAUUCGGGAGUGGACAGAGCUGGUUUCAGAAGUAGUGGGGAGUCAGGAGUGGACACAACUAUUUUUAGGCGUAGCGGAGAUUCUGGAGUGGACACAGCUGGUUUCAGGCGUAGCGGGGAGUCAGGAGUUGACACAUCUAGUUUUAGGCGCAAUCAAGAAUCGGGAGGCGACACAACUAGUUUUAGGCGUAUUGACGUUGCUGGAAGGGAUACGGGACAAACAAGAACGGAAUCAGUUAGAGGCGGCACGAUGGACGCAAGGUCAAUAGACGGCGGUGCCAGAAAUAGUGUUGGCAGUGGCGGAGCAUCAAUUGCAGGAAGUGGAAGCAGAGAGAGCGUUUCGUCUAGCUUUAUUCGAACAACACAUGGAGGAGACGCGAGUACAUCCGGUGGUGGAUCCGGUGGUGGUCGAUUCGACGUCACGCGGGAUAUUCGAAUGAGUAGCGACGGUUCAUUCAGUGGCGACACCAGACGAAGUGAAAGAGGUAGAGGCGAGUUCGAUUCCCGACCGGGAGCACUUCCUGGAACGCCACUAUUCGGCGGAGGCGGUUUUGUACGAGGGCCGUCAGAGGGAUUCAUGCCAAUGCCCCCUAGUAUGAUGCCUCCUUUUGGAAUGCCGGGAGUGUCUCCGGGAAUGCCCCCAAUGGGUUUACAUCCUUCAAUGGGACCUGGGAUGCCACCUAUGGGUGGGCCUGUACCGUUCGGUGGCCCGAUAGGCAUGCCGCCGUCAAUGUUUGGAGGCGGACCAGGAGGAAUGGGCUUCCCUUUUAGACGAUAACUUUUAAGUAAACAGAAAGCAUUAAUUCAUGGAGCUGUUUAAAAAAAUAUAUUGUGUUGGCAUUUAACAUAUUUGAAUAAUUGGAUGCAUGUGUAGCGGUCUUGUAUUCAUAUAUUAGUAAUAGACACUUAUACGUCGUAUGUUUUAAUGUUCGUCGAUCAGUUUUGAAGUAUUUGUUGAUUGGGUGACUUUUCUGUAUACUGUAAAACGUUUAACCAGGUAUUUUACUAAAAUAAUAGAUGCUGCGCUUGUAAGUCUGUAUGUGAAACAUAAGUGACGUGUUUUUUGAUUAUAUAAAGUAUACAUACAUAUUA